AUGAAAGCCGCACGAACAGCUCUCUUCGUCUCUGCAACCACUGCUUUCCUCGUGCUUUCCACUCAAGCGAGCAACUACAGCAAAGAAGAGCAAGCGAUUUGGCUCGACCGGCACAACUACUUUCGCACGACGGGGUUGCCAUGGUCGGCUGGGAACAUGCGCCGCAUCGGGUGGGACGCGGCGCUGGCAACCCGAGCUGCGGCAGCGGCUGCCACUUGCUCCGCUACGACGGCACGAGGUGUGAACGUCUUUCGCCAGUCUCCUUCGGGCGACGUGUCGUCAGCGAUUGACGAGGCGAUUCAGGAGUGGGUCGUUGAGACGGCCGUGGCAACGAUUCAGACCGUGGCCCAGCCAGGCUCGACUGGCCUUGACGUCGGCGUCGAUAUCUACAAUACCUACUCGCAAGGCGUCUGGGCCUCCACUUCGCUCGUGGGGUGUGCGGCAAGCGAAUGUGCCGACGGGAACCUGGUCGUGUGCGGUUAUUCGCCAGCUGGCAAUGACGGCGAGUCGGCUUGGUACCAUCACGCCCCCCAAGCGUCCGAGUGUCCCGGGGCGACGGUAGCAUCGUAUGGGUUAUGCAUCCAAGAGGGCGACGAGGCGAACGAUCGGAUCGCAGCGAUUCCUACUGGAAGGUAUUCGUAUCAGGUGUAUCCAGCGUACGUGUCGGACGUUCAGGCCAUUCUUAUCACGACGGCGCGCGAGAUCGCUACCGGCAAGAAGAUUGCGCCGCGUCGCAGCACCGAAGAGCUUCGGAACAACAGGAAGACAGAGCCAACGACGAGGGACAGCGAGUCGGGCAGUGAAGGCUAUCCGCCGAGCUUUUUGAGGAAAGGCGGACGUGCGACGAACGCAUCGUUCGAGUACGAGUUCUCGUCGUCUGCGUCCGUCCGGACAGAAGGUGGUGGCACCGACGUGCCUCAGGGGAAAGUGAAGGCUGGUUCGGACGCUGACUCGACGUUCCAGAAUGACAUUGAGUCUUCCGAACGGCGCAAGUCGAGCAGUCCGGCGCUCAAAGAGCAACGCGCCACCACACAAAAGGAUAUAUCGUUGUCAACCAGUGAGGGCCAUUCGAAAAGCGCCGAGUCGGAAGUGACAUCGUUUCGGCAGAUGCUUGGCAUGUAUUUCCUCGGAAUGGGCGCAGUGACCGGGAUCCUCCUCUUUGUGCACUACACGACGCCUCCUAAACGAUAG